AUGGCGGCGUCGCUCUUUGCCACCCGGCGCACGUUAGCCUCCCUCCUAUCCCGGCGGUCGCGUCUCGCUGUUCCCAUGCUAAUUCACAGUCAGAACCAAGGCGGGCAGCGACCUCUUGUGGACCGGUUCACGGUUCAAACUCGACUGAGGACAUCCGGCCCGGGCUAUUCCCCGCUGAACGACCCAUCUCCAAACUGGAGCAACCGACCGCCGAAAGAUACGAUUCUCCUCGAUGGAUGUGAUUACGAGCAUUGGCUCAUUGUGAUGGAAUUCAAUUCUGACCCUAAGCCCACUGAAGAAGAGAUGAUUGAUGCCUAUGUCAAAACCCUAGCUUCGGUUGUUGGAAGUGAAGAGGAAGCAAAGCAAAAGAUAUAUUCUGUUUGUACGACAACAUACACUGGAUUCGGAGCCUUAAUCUCAGAGGAGCUGUCGUACAAAGUCAAAGGUCUACCGGGUGUUCUGUGGGUAUUGCCCGAUUCAUAUCUCGAUGUUCCCAAUAAGGACUAUGGAGGCGAUCUCUUUGUUGAUGGGAAAGUCAUUCACAGGCCACAAUAUAGGUUUACUGAGAGACAAAGUACGAGCAGACGGCCCCGCCCAAGGCACGAUAGACGUCGUGAGACAAUACCUGCUCAGGGAGAGCCAAUACAAAGAGAAUAUUCACACUCUAAUCAGCAAUGGCCUGCAGGGCAACCAACUGCAAACAGGAGCCGGAAUGCAAAUUAG